AUGCUGUUGUCGAGCCAAAGGAAGAGAAGAAGGACGACAAGAAGAGCCGCUCUCAGUCUCGCAAGCGUGCCAGCAUCUUCGGAAACUUCCUCGGAAAGAAGGAAGAGCAAGAAGAGAAGAAGGACGAGCAAAAGGAGGAAGACAAGACUGAGGAAAACAAGGAGGCCAAGAAGGAUGAUGCUGAAACUACUCCUGCUGUCAUCGAUGCUCCUGCGGUCACCGAGCCUGCCGCUGCCGAGACUGUUGAGGCCUCUACUGCUGCUGCUGAGCCAGCCGCUGAUGCUCCUGCUGAAGAGUCAAAGCCCGAGGAGAAGAAGACAGAGACUCCUGUCAAGUCUAAGCGUACCUCCAUUUUUGGCACCUUCUUCCAGAAGUUCCCCAAGGAAGACCAUGACAAGGCCAAGAAGGAGGUCGGUUCUGAGACCCCAGCUGUCUCUAGCACCGCUCCCCAGCUCGGCGACCCUGUCGAUGCUACGACCUCCGAGCCAAUCAAGCCGGAGACUGUUACUGCUCCCAAUGACGAUGCCGCUGAAAAGACCGAGAAGACCGAGGAGGUCACUACCCCAACCUCGGGCAACAAGUUCCUCUCCUUCAUGA